CUCCAAUAAGUCUCUCAAACCACCUUUACCGGACAUGGGUUGUUAUGACUGCUGCGUGCGCUGCAUUGGGGCAAUCCCGUACCCCUCGCUGGUGGCCACUCUUCUGUGCUAUGCGGGUGCGGCGUUAUUCUGCGGAGCUGGGCACCAAGCUCUGGCCCACACAGAGGUUCUGGUGGAGACCCACUUUGCCCGGAACCCUCAGGACUAUGAGGUCAUGGACUCUUUUAUCAGGUACUUCCAGUAUGUCAUCUAUGGGCUGGCCUCGUUCUUCUUCCUCUAUGGUAUUUUAUUGUUGGCUGAAGGCUUCUACAGCACCAGCGCUGUAAAGCAGCAGUUUGGAGAGUUCAGGAGCACCCAGUGUGGACGCGGUCUCAGCCUCACGUUCAUCAUAGUGACGUACAUUCUGGCUUUCAUCUGGCUGGUGGUCUUCGCUUUCAGCAUCAUCCCACUCUUCUUCCUCUUCAACAUGGAGCAAACCUGUCACAACAUCAACAUUUUGGCCGAGACCACCCCCAGCAUCAAUCAGCACAACUGGGUCUGCAUGGACGCUAGGCAGUAUGGUCUUCUUCCCUGGAACGCGAUGCCUGGCAAAGCGUGUGGGAUGACCUUGGCGUCCAUUUGCAAAGCCAGCGAAUUCCACGUGGUGUAUGACCUCUACAUAGCAACAUUUGCAGGUGCAGGAGUUAUGCUGUUAGCACUGUUUUUGUAUCUUGUCGCCACCACCUACAACUAUGCCGUCCUGCGGUUUCUUGGCAGGAAAGGUAUCCGCUAACUCCACGCC